CGUGCCUGAAGCUUUCAAAGCUCUAAAGUAUCACGGAAGACAACAAACCUUUUCAACACCACACACCUUGAUUGAGGAGAAUAUUGUCGUCACCUUUUCUCCUCCGCAGCCACCCAACAAUCCGCGAACAUGUCGAGAAGAUACGAUUCCAGAACCACAAUCUUCUCUCCAGAAGGACGUCUGUAUCAAGUUGAAUAUGCUCUCGAGGCUAUCUCCCAUGCGGGAACAGCGUUGGGCAUAUUGGCAAAGGAUGGUAUCGUCUUGGCAGCAGAGAGAAAGGUUACGAGCAAGCUCCUCGAGCAGGAUACUUCGGCAGAGAAGCUCUACAUCUUGAACGACAAUAUGAUUUGCGCCGUAGCAGGCAUGACCGCCGAUGCGAAUAUCCUCAUCAAUUACGCCCGCCAAGCUGCCCAAAAAUACCUCCUCACCUACAACGAAGACAUUCCCUGCGAACAGCUUGUCCGCCGAUUAUGUGAUCUCAAGCAAGGCUACACGCAACAUGGUGGUCUGCGACCUUUCGGUGUUUCUUUCAUCUAUGCUGGUUACGAUCCUCAAAGACAAUUUCAAUUGUAUCAGAGCAAUCCCAGUGGUAAUUAUGGUGGAUGGAAGGCUACAAGUGUCGGUGCAAACAAUGCCAGUGCGCAAAGUUUGUUGAAGCAAGAUUACAAGGAAGAUUGCGAUCUCAAGGAGGCGUGUGGUAUGGCGGUCAAGGUGCUGAGCAAGACCAUGGAUUCGACCAAGCUGAGCAGUGAGAAGAUCGAGUUUGCUACAGUAGGAAAGACGAAGGAUGGGCGAAUUUACCACCACUUGUGGGGUGCGGAUGAGAUUAUGACAUUAUUGAAGGAGCACGAUUUGGCCAAGGACGAGAGUGGUGCAGAUGGCGGAGAUCGUGUGGUCAGCUAGAUUUCGUCCUUCGGUCCCUUGUGGCUAUGUAACAAUAGAGACUGCAUAUCAGAG